CCAUUCACUUUUUCAUCUCUCUCAUCAUCCUUGUGAAAUCUUUUCUUCUCUUUCUUUGGCUACAAAAUGUUUAGACUUGUUGUGGUUUGGUGCAUUUUGUUGUGUACGCAAAUUGUAAUCGCAUUUGGUUCAAAAACAAGGCACUUCAAAUGGGAAGUGGAGUACAUGUUUGGAGCACCAGAUUGCAUGGAGCAUGUUGUGAUGGGAAUUAAUGGACAGUUUCCAGGGCCAACCAUCAGAGCUAAAGCUGGAGAUACAAUUGCUAUUCAGCUCACUAACAAACUCCAUACUGAAGGAGUUGUCAUUCACUGGCAUGGAAUCAGACAGCUUGGAACACCAUGGGCAGAUGGGACUGCUUCCAUCUCACAAUGUGCUAUCAACCCUGGAGAAACCUUUCUUUACAGGUUCAAAGUUGACAAGGCAGGAACAUAUUUUUACCAUGGACACUUUGGGAUGCAAAGAUCAGCAGGGCUGUAUGGAUCUCUGAUAGUAGAUGUGGGAGAUGGAGAAAAAGAGCCUUUCCAUUAUGAUGGUGAAUUCAACCUAUUACUGAGUGAUUGGUGGCACCAAAGUGUUCACGACCAAGAAGUAGGUCUCUCCUCUAAGCCAUUUCGUUGGAUUGGUGAGCCACAGACACUACUGAUUAAUGGAAGAGGGCAAUACAACUGUUCCAUGGCCGCGCAUUUUAGCAAUUCAUCCAUUAAACAAUGCAAGUUCAGAGGAAAUGAACAAUGCGCACCCCAGAUUCUGCGCGUGCUCCCAAAUAAAACUUACAGGCUGAGGAUUGCUAGUACCACGGCUCUUGCCUCACUCAAUUUGGCUAUUGGGAAUCACAAAAUGGUGGUGGUGGAAGCCGAUGGAAACUAUGUCCAACCAUUUGAUGUAGAUGAUAUGGACAUUUAUUCAGGUGAAAGUUACUCAGUUUUAUUUACAACAAAUCAAGAUUCCUCCAAGAACUAUUGGAUUUCAGUUGGUGUAAGAGGAAGAGAACCCAAAACCCCUCAAGCUCUCUCAAUUUUAAACUAUCAUCCAACUUCUGCCUCAAAAUUACCUCUCUCUCCACCACCCAUUACUCCAAAAUGGAAUGAUUAUAACCACAGCAAGUCUUUCUCUAACAAAAUAUUUGCCCUAAUGGGUUCCCCUAAGCCUCCUGAAACUUACCAACGUCGAAUUAUUCUUCUCAACACCCAAAACACCAUCAAUGGAUUCACCAAAUGGGCUAUUAACAAUAUUUCCUUGACUUUGCCUGCCACUCCUUACAUUGGUUCUAUUAAAUUCUCACUCAAAACUGCUUUUGAUCAGAAAAGUCCACCGGAAAACUUUUCUGAAGAUUAUGACGUGAUGAAGCCACCAGUUAACCCUAACUCGACGACGGGAAAUGGGGUUUACAUGCUUGGUUUUAACACCACAGUUGACGUUAUACUUCAAAAUGCUAAUGCAUUAUCAGCAAACGUUAGUGAAAUACAUCCAUGGCAUUUGCAUGGGCAUGAUUUUUGGAUGUUGGGGUAUGGAGAAGGAAAGUUUUCAAAGAUGGAUAAGAAGAAACUUAACUUGAAGAAUCCACCAUUGAGAAAUACUGCAGUUAUUUUCCCUUAUGGGUGGACUGCUUUGAGGUUUGUUGCUGAUAAUCCAGGAGUUUGGCCAUUCCAUUGCCACAUUGAACCUCAUUUGCAUAUGGGUAUGGGAGUGGUAUUUGCUGAAGGUAUCCAACAUGUUCGUAACAUUCCAAACGAGGCACUUGCUUGUGGUUUGACUGGGAAGACAUUAAUGAAAAAUGAAGGAAAUUGAGGCUAAUAUUUCUCACUUCUAAGCUCUGGUUUUAACCGUUUAUUUAUAUAUAUGUACUCUCAUGUAAUAGCUGUAUAAUAGGUUGUCAUAUCUAUCGUUGCUUAAGAACUUAUUUUGUGAACCAGGUUUUGGGAUUUUCCAAGUAUAUCCUAGA